CGGUAAUUCUCAUUGAUCGCUCCAGUUUAGGCAAGCAUGGAGCGUCGCAUCGACCCAAGGGGGUUAUGCUGUGCCAGUGCAUUACCGGCGAUCUUACCGAUGGACAAGGGGGUAAUGGCGUAACAGGCUGGCCGCCGACAAUACUCAAGCCGAGACACAGAGGUAUAAAUUGGGUCAACCCCGACCAUCCGCGGAGUAGAAUCUGUGGCAACUUUUCCCCUCUUCACCCUCAACAAAUCAUAGUCACCUAGCAAUAUGCGCACCUCCGUUCUCUCGAGUGCCCUGCUUCUCGCCGGAGGAGCGGUGGCUGGCUGCAAUGGCAAGUCCGAUGCCUGUGUGAACCCCGAUGCAUCCAUCGUGGCCCAUACCGGCGAACCCGUGGGCGAGGAGGUGGUGCACAACGACAUCACUCUCUACAUCACCAAACCCGACGAAGCAGAUCCCCGCACACAGGCAAGAGCCGGCAGCGCUGUGCUCUUCCUGACCGACGUGUUCGGCCUGGCCCUCACCGAGAACAAGCUCCUCGCCGACAGUUUCGCGCGCGCCGGCUACCUAACCGUCGUCCCCGACCUGUUCAACGGCGAGCCCGCGCCCGGCGACAUCAACGUGCCGGGGUUCAACACGACGGCCUUUCUGGAAGCGCACGAGCCGCCCGUGACCGACCCCAUCAUCGCCACGGCGGCCGCCUACCUGCGCACCGAGCUGAACGCGACCCGCAUCGGCGCGCCGGGCUACUGCUUCGGCGGCCGCUACGCCUUCCGCGCGCUGUCGGCCGGCACCGAGGGGGGCGCGUUCGCGGUCGGGUUCGCGGCGCAUCCGAGUCUGUUGACCGCGGAGGAGAUUGGGGCUGUGGAGGGGCCCGUGGCGGUCGCCGCGGCGGAUCAGGAUCAGCUGUUUAAUGCGGCCGCGAGGGCUGAGGCUGAGGAGGUGCUGCUGGGGGUUGCGAGCCCGUAUCAGGUGAACUUGUAUGCGGGUACGCAGCAUGGGUUUGGCGUGCGCGUGGAUCUGGAGGAUGCGCAGCAGAAGUAUGCGAAGGAGGAGGCCUUCUUGCAGGCUGUGAAGUGGUUCGAUCGGUUCUUGGUGGCCGCUUAGGGCUCUCGUUGGUUGAUUUCGUGUGCCUUCUGUAAGGAAAGUGGUGGUAGAGUUUGGGAAUGACCAAAAGUUAGGAAAUGGGAAGGGGUUAUGCAGUGAACUGUCUCUCCAGUGU